GUAGCGUUACCGCGUUUAGGCGUGUUUAUCGAGACAUUAAGGGACGAGAUGUUCAAGUGUCCAUUUGCGUUAAUAUUAGAAUGUAAUUUAAUGCCCUCUCCUGUCCCCGUAUCGAUUUCCUAGGUAAUUUGUCUUCUCUGUUCCACUUCCGAAUGGAAAGUUACGAUUUUCUUGUUCUAAUAGCCAACACAUGCCUUCGGUUAUUCUUUUUAUUUACAAUUAUGAAUAUCUUGUUCGUAGUUGAUCAAAAUAUUGUACGGUGACAUCAAAGAUGGCAAGUUUCAGAAUGAGCUCGAAGGGAAUAUUUCAAGAAAUGAGGACUGCUCUGCGAACAAAGCCAACUUUGGACUGGUCCUCAGCAUCUGGAGGGCAGAUGAGAUGGAAUUUUGGUCCAGCAACCCAAAAUCUGGCCAUUGCGGAGAUGUUUUCCUGCUACUAUCUCUCAGCGAAUACCUCCAAUGCUGAAGAGACGCAUCACAUCCAUGCAAUGGACACCUGGAAGCCUCGUUGUACCAUACUCUGAGAUCUGCAGAGGACUUCUACUUGAGCGUGGGAGGGUAGGAAGCGCGCUUGCGCUCGAGAUCAUCGCGUGGUUGGUUCUUAGGCAUCUGUGUCCACAUCCCUUGUAAACAUGUCCACGUGUGGGUGGGUGUAUUACAUAUAUAUAAAUAUGGGGACACCCUCGACACUACCUCACUUUGCGUCGUUACUCGCACGGUGCAAGAUCACAGUUCCCAAGAUUGGGAUCCCUCGAGCAACCAAGCUUAUUGGAACGUUCUUGAUUCCAUCGUCUGUGAUAGAGUAGCCUUGACAAGAUGUCAAGAAACUUCUUUCCAAAAUGUAUGGUGCUGCUUGUUGUCAUCGGUUUCGCUUUUGGGAUUGAAAAAUACAUGGACUACGGAGAAGAUGAGAUCCCAGAGAAGAUUCUGGCGGAUGAUAUCAACGAGCUCUACAAUUUGCUAAUGCAACGCAAUGCUUUACACAAUACUGUAUUUGGCGGUAUUCCAUUAGAACAUCUAAUAACCAGGAAAUCUCAACGAUCGCCCUCUCUGCGCCUACGUUUUGGACGCUCGGAUUCUCAUCUACCUAUGAGAGCAUUCCUGGGAUCUGUCGACGCUAUGGCUUCUUCGAGAUUCGACAAGUAAAUAAAAAUCUCAGAAAUAAUUGCAAAAAAAAAAAAAUAUCGAACCUAUAAGCAUAGUUUUUCUAUUAUUUUCUUAAUAAUAUUGUAAAAAGAAAAUAAUAAAAACUCCGGAACACCAGGAGAUAUCAAAAUGGAAGCUGUAUGUGAAUUUAUACACUUAUAUAUCAAUAAAAUGAAAUGAUAGAU